CUAUCCGUAGCUAGUUUAAACAAACCCGGAACCAAGUUGACAGCUCCAGUUCCUGAGAGCAUCCUUUUCAACUUGUAGAAACAAAUGUUUUUCGGUGGUGAUGAAUAUGUCACAAAAACGAACCUUUUAUUAUUGUAAAUCGAUUUUUUUUUUGUGCAAAAUUGGGGCGAGUUAGCUCGCCAGCGGGAGAGCCAUUCAUUACAUCAAGCUAGCCACUUCCUUGUAAUGCAAGAGUCAGAGGAUUAAAUCAAACACUGCUGUCAAGAUAACGUUUAUCCUUUCAUGUCAUAGCUGUCAACUAGCUAGGUAGCUAGCCUGUCAGCAAAAUGAGGGUACGUUCGUCAGUUUUUGCCUCGUUUUGUCUCAUACUCGAAGUAUUAAGCGUAGCCUUGUUUCUUAGGGGAUUUUUCCCAGUCCCUGUCAAAUCAUCUUUUUCAUCGAAAAGCAAGCUGUCAGAUCUUCCGGCUGAACCAUUCACAGGGAGCUCCCCAAACUUGUCCAAGGUCCCAGACCCCCUUUUUAAGAGAGUGGUGAUAGUGUUGAUUGAUGCGCUCAGGGAGGACUUUGUGUUUGGUCCCAAUGGGAGAAAGUACAUGCCAUACACAAGGCACCUAGUGGAGAGGGGCUCCACACACAGCUUUGUGGCCAAGGCAAGACCUCCUACAGUUACAAUGCCCAGAAUCAAGGCCCUGACCACAGGCAGUAUCCCAGGUUUCAUCGACGUGGUGAUGAACCUGAACUCCCCCGCACUGCUGGAGGACAACCUCAUCUGGCAGGCCAAGACGGCGGGCAAGCGGAUGGUGUUCUAUGGGGACGACACCUGGGUGAAGCUCUUUCCCAAGCACUUCAUGGAGUAUGACGGCACCACCUCUUUCUUUGUGUCCGACUACACUGAGGUUGACAACAACGUGACUCGUCACCUGGACAGCACGCUGAAGAGAGACGACUGGGACAUUCUGAUCCUGCACUACCUGGGCCUGGACCAUAUCGGACACAUCAGUGGACCCCACAGCUCCCUCAUCCAGCCCAAACUAAUGGAGAUGGACGACAUCCUCAAGAAGAUUCAUGGCUCCCUCAUCUUAAAGGAGACAGAGGGUGCACUACCCUACCUGCUGCUGCUGUGUGGCGACCACGGGAUGUCCGAGACGGGCAGCCACGGGGGCUCGUCUGCGCAUGAGGUCAACACCCCCCUGGUGCUCAUCAGCCCUACCUUCAAGAGGAAAGUGGGGAUGGAGAAGCCGCCAACAGUAGAGCAGGUGGACCUGACCCCAACCCUGGCCCUUGGUCUGGGCCUGCCCAUCUCCCAGAACAGCGUGGGCCGACUCAUCCAGCCCGUGGUGGAGGAAGCCUCGCUCAGGGACCAGCUACGCUUCCUGCACCUCAACGGCCACCAGCUGAGCUGCCUGCUGAAGGACAGCAUGCCAGCCUAUGAGAAAGAGGAGGGCUACGAGCAGUUCCGCGUGGCGGAGAAGUCCCAUGGGAACUGGUUGAAGCUGGUGGUGGAGGGCAACACGUCAGAGGUGCUGAACAGCAUGGGGAAGAAGGUGCUCAAGCAGUACCUGGAGGCCCUCAGGGUCAUGAGCGCGGCCCUCAGCAAGCAGAUGGGCAAAUAUGACAUGUAUUCCAUGGUGGUGGGCGUGGUCCUCGUCUUCCAGCUCCUUCUCCUCCUGCUGCUGGCCAUGCCCGAGGCACUGAGCGGUGCGUCAGAGGUGGAUCUCCCUGUGUCCUCGGCUCUGCUUUCGCUGCCCUUCUACCUAUUGUGCCUGCUCCUCUUCUCCGUGCACAUGCUGGUGUGCACGUCGGCCGAGAGCGCCUGCUACUUCUGCAGCCUCUCCUGGGGCCUGGUGUUCGGGGCAGUGGCCCUCUCCUCUGCCCUGCUCUGCAUUCUGGUAUCCAUGGCAGCCAGGAAGGGAGCAAAGCCCCCUGGUAAGUCUCCAUCCCGUGCCAGCGGCAGUGGGUGGUCGCUGUCAGAACUUGACAUUCUGCUCCUGGCUGGCACAGCUGGCCACACCCUUAGCCUGUCGGCCAGCAGCUUCGUGGAGGAGGAGCACCAGGUCUGGUACUUCCUGCUCAACACCCUCUGUCUGGUCGUCUUCCAGGACGUCUGUCGCAAGUACUUCCGGGAGCGCAGUGCCAACAUUGGCGUCAUAGGGUGUUCGGAGGACGAAGACUGCCUCCCUCCUUCCAAAGAGGGGGAUGCGGUCGCCUCACCGUUGACUGAUUUGGGGGUGACGGGCGCAGAUUCAGAGAGGUGGCUGGCCCUGGCCACACCGCUGCUUACCCUGGCGUGUUGCCGUCUGCUGCGCUCGCUCAACCAGACCGGGGUGCAGUGGGUUCAUCUGCCUGACCUGGGACACUGGCUCAACAGCUCAGAACACAAGACGGUGCUGUCCUUGUUGGCCGCCAUGUCAUUGGCUCUUAUCUACUUCCUGGUCCAGCGGCGAUGUUCCUUGGUCUCCAAGAUUGCCCUGGCCCUCGGCCUUCUGGGUGUCUACAGCUACCGGGCGGCUGUGGGCAACGUUGUGUUACCAUGGCAACAUUCCAGUGGAAACAUGUCCAAGGGGACGAUGAAGGCACGCUUCGUGUACGUCUUCAUCCUGGGCAUCUUCUUCACGGGCUCCAAGGACCUGCUGAGGUCCCAGGUCAUCACAGCCGACGCCCGGCUGAAGAGCAGGGGAUUGUGGGAAAUCUACAGUGGUGUGGUUCUGUUGGUGGCCCUGUUGUUCCGGGCACACAACCUGCCGGUGCUAUGCUGCUGCCUGCUGGUCCAGUCCCUGAUGGCCCAGUUCAUCUGGAAGAAGCUCCACUAUGACGCUGCCCAGACCACCAUCAUGCACUACUGGUUCGGACAGGCCUUCUUCUACUUCCAGGGAAACUCCAACAGCAUAGCCACUGUGGACAUCUCGGUUGGCUUUGUGGGACUGGAGAGCUACGUAGAAGCCCCGGCUGUCUUCCUCACCGCCCUCAGCACAUACGCCGGGCCCCUGCUCUGGGCUUCCCACCUCAUCUGCUACCUCAGCUCCGAAAACAGGAGCUCAGUGGCGGUCGGCCAUGGCUGCUACUGCUUGGCCCUGCUGCGCUCCGUGCCGGCGGCAGCCUACGUGGUGCUGGUCACGGCUCUGCGCUACCACCUCUUCAUCUGGAGCGUCUUCUCGCCCAAGCUGCUGUAUGAGUCCAUGCACACACUGCUCACCGCCGCAAUUUGCCUCUUCUUCACCACCAUGGAGCAGAGCCGCAGCUCCAGCAGGCCCUAGGGUCCCCACGUCUCCGAGGACUCUCAGCUUCCAGGAAGAGAGGUUAAGGAGAAGGGCCAAAGGGCAAAUACUAUGAUAAUGGGUGGUCCUGAUACUGUCGUCGUUGACUUUUGGAUGCCCUACUACACCCCGGAGGUAUGAAUGUUGGUGUGAAUGUACUGUCCCACUGCGCUGGAGUUCUAGGACAGCGGCAUUCACCUUUUGGAAAGCAAUAUAUUUUCUCUAUGGUAUCAAACAAAACUUAUUUAGUAAGAUUAUUAUUUUGAUGUGUUGGUUGGUUCUACUGAAGUCUGUUGUGGUGUUUAUUGAGCAGAGUUGAACAUAAAAGGUAAACAAAUGAAUUAUUUAAUUUGAAUGUGUCGAAAGCACAAUCGUGAA